UUCAGGCAGAAACUGAAGCGACGCCUCGACCUCCUCUGCUGCUGCUCUGUUUGUGGAUUCUUUGUUUCCUUCUGACCGGGAGCAUGAUCAUCAUCAUCCUCAUCAGCGUGUCCCUCACAGACCAGACUGCAGAGAACCAGCACCUGCUUGCUGACAGGAGAACCCUGCAGAACCAGAGCGAGGGGCUGAGGGGAGAGCGAGACCACCUGAACCAGACUCUGAGGGUCAUCCUGACCUUCGACAACUUCCCGGUUCAGAAGUUCUGCCCUGAAAAACAGUGUGGGCCGUGUCGGGCCGACUGGGUUCUGUUCCAGGGGAAAUGUUACCUCUUCUAUAAUAAGAACUCUCCCUGGAAGAGCUGGGAGGACAGUCGGAGGUUCUGUCAGGACGGAUCCGCAGAUCUGGUUGUCGUUGACGACCUGAGAGAGCAGGAAUUCAUCAGUGAAAACACAAAGUUCUACUACGAUGAGUUUCAUGGGUUCUGGUUGGGUCUACAGAGGACCAGAACCGGCUGGGUCUGGGUCGAUGGAAGGAACGACACUCUGGGGUUCUGGGGGUCGGAGUCCGCCGCUGAUCAGGAACUAAAAGUUCUGCUGAUUCCUGGACAGAACUCCACAAAGAACUGGAACCCGAGAAAAAACGAGUUUCAGAACAAAUUCAUCUGUGAGCACGAAGCUCUGCGGUGGUAAAUGAAUAAAUGUCAUUAUUUGUGUUGAAUUUACCUUUAAAUGAGAUCCAGGUUGUGUUUUUUAGUUGAUUUAAAUGAGUUUAUUUUGUUUCUUAAUAAAAACCUGGUACUGAUCUGUGUGUUCAGGAGGCUGGAGGUUUAAAAGCAGAGAAAUGAGGUAAUUUAACGUUACGACAAUAAUUGUGUCAUGAGUUGGAAGCUGCUGAAACAAACUGUCGGGACAUGAUGACCUUUGAACUUCCUGUUAAAACUCCAUUGUUUCUCUAUGUCUGAGUCACCGCUCUGUUACAAAACGAUUUAAACUUUAGCAGGUUAGGGUUAGAGGGAAUAAAACUCCAGAUGAUUUUAGGUUAUAAAGGAAUUUACUGAAACACGUCAGAAAUAAACUAAUCUUAACCAAAA